GCCCAGCUCCCGGCGCGUGUCGGAGCCUCCCAGCCCCGCGGCCCCGAGCGCACGAUGCGCGGACCCGGGCGCCCCCUCCUCCUGGGGCUGCUGCUGGUGCUGGGGGCGGCGGGGCGCGGCCGGGGGGGCGCGGAGCCCCGGGAGCCGGCGGACGGGCAGGCGCUGCUGCGGCUGGUGGUGGAGCUCGUCCAGGAGCUGCGGAAGCACCACUCGGCGGAGCACAAGGGCCUGCAGCUCCUCGGGCGGGACUGCGCCCUGGGCCGCGCGGAGGCGGCGGGGCUGGGGCCUUCGCCGGAGCAGCGAGUGGAAAUUGUUCCUCGAGAUCUCAGGAUGAAGGACAAGUUUCUAAAACACCUUACAGGCCCUCUUUAUUUUAGUCCAAAGUGCAGCAAACACUUCCAUAGACUUUAUCACAACACCAGAGACUGCACCAUUCCUGCAUACUAUAAAAGAUGCGCCAGGCUUCUUACCCGGCUGGCUGUCAGUCCAGUGUGCAUGGAGGAUAAGCCAACCCCUGCCUCCCCUCUGCUGGCUGCUGCUGGAGGCACCUGCAGUUACAUUGAAGGACGUGGUCAUUUCAGUGGGACUGAGGCUCCUGGAUGGGUCUCUGCAUGGCACUUCAUGCUUUGCAAAUGCCACAGUGAUGCCCCGCAGAAAAGCUGUGGCGGAAUCCCCUCGAUAGUCUCCAGCACCCUUUACAUCUCUCCCCCCAUCACUGGACAACCACAUCAGAGCCUGACUGACGAUGAGAUGCAGACUGUGAGCUCCUAUGGAGAGGGCUACUGUCAAUCCAUAAAAGGCCCUGGGGAAGAGAGAGGUAGCACAGGAGCAGAGGGCACCUGCCCUCCAUCAGGCCAUCCACACAAACCUACUGAAGAGGUAGACUUGACUAAGUCUCAGCGGGCUCAGAUGCUGACCUGGGCCUUCAAGUGA